AGCCUUAUUAAUGCUGUAACAUGUUUUUAAUAUCGAAUACAAGAUCCGAUUAUAUUUCUGGUUUAGGUUUCACCAGAUGACUCUAGUAUUAUUUCAACAACGAGUAAAAACUUGACUUUUCAAUUUUUAUGUGAUGAGAGGGAUUCACCAAUUCAACAUGAGAUACGAAUCUUUUUGCUAUUAAUCAAAUCGAGAUAAUGACUGAAUAUUUACCAACUCAUAUCGAUCCAAAUUCAGCUCAUUUAAUAAUUCAACAGCAAGGAAAAUACUGACUCAAUCUAAACUGUUAACCGGAAAACAUUGGCUCAGUCUAAACUUCAUCACAGUGUUGGUAAAUUAUGAGAUUUGUUGCCCACAAUGGACCCUGUACAUGUCUUGCUCUUGGCCAGAAGUCUGGACGAGUUCUUGCUACCGGGGGCGAUGAUAAAAAAGUUAAUUUGUGGGCUAUUGGUAAGCCAACCAUCUUGAUGAGCCUUUCAGGUCACACGACUGCCAUUGAAUGUGUUAAAUUUGGUCACAAUGAGGAUCUUGUUUGUGCGGGAUCAGCAGCUGGUGCUCUUAAAAUUUGGGAUCUUGAAUCCGUGAAAUUGGUACGCACCUUGACUGGACAUAGAUCUGCGGUUAAAAGUAUUGACUUCCAUCCUUACGGUGACUUUUUAGCUUCAGGUUCAGUGGAUAGUAACAUCAAGUUAUGGGACAUUCGCAAGAAAGGCUGCAUGUACACUUAUAAGGGUCAUGUAAAAGAUGUUUAUUGCUUAAAAUUUAGCCCUGAUGGUCGCUGGUUGGCCUCUGGAGGUGACGAAGGUUCCGUUAAACUAUGGGAUCUUCCCGCUGGUAAAUUAUUGGCCGAAUUAAAGGAACACUCAGCUCCAGUUACAGAUGUUUGUUUCCAUCCAAAUGAAUUUCUCCUUUCAAGUGCCAGUCUUGACGGAACAGUCAAAUUUUGGGAUUUAGAGACGUUUCAACAAGUCUCGACAACCACAAACGAUGCCGGUCCAAUUCGUAAAAUACUCUACCAUCCAGAUGGAAAAGCUAUUUUUAGUGCCGCUCGAGAUGUACUCAAAGUUUAUGGUUGGGAACCUACUCGAACCUAUGACACUGUUGUAAUGGGCUGGGGAAAAGUGAAUGACAUAGCGAUCUCAGACAACUCACUCGUUUCUGGUACCUUUUCACUUACAAACGUUUCAGUUUACAUAGUUGAUCUCAAUAAGGUACAACCUUUUGGUACAUCAUCCAUCUCAUCUAUUAUAAAUUCACCAUCAUCCCUUUCAAAGCCAAAUUACUGCAGAGAAUCAGUUUCAAGGCAAAGUACGAGGAAAAAUUUCUUCCAUGGUAACUGCAGCACAACUCAUUCACAAUUAGAAUCAUUGGAAUCCAAUCGAAGUGAAGAAACUGAAACGGGAUCUGAUGAACAAGGAGAGGAAUUGUCAUCCAUUGAUAUUAAUCAAAUUUACGAUACUAAGGAAAUAUUUGCUCCUAGUCGAGAACUUUGUCGUACUCCUCCGCCAGUCACUCCAAUAGCACAAUCUCCUUUAAGCAUGGAUUCAACCCAGAAGCUAAACGAACUUAAUUUAUCUUCCUUCUCUUCAUCCUCUCCAUCGUCCUCACUCAAUGGAAAUCGAAUAGCCAGUGGAAUGUGUUCCAUAGAAUCAUUAACAUCAACAAUUGGAGCUUUAUCAACUCUUGAUCUGGGUAACAACAGUCCGUCCGCUUCUCCAAUGAAAAUACCUUCGUCUUUAUCUUCUUCCUCAUCCUCAUCGUCUUCAGCCUCAAUGCUUCUCAACUCAUCGACGACCCCUGCUACUGCUCAAUGUCGACCCAAUCCUCGAUCUACCAUUUUACCGUUGCCAAUAGUUUCACCUUACUCUAAUGUCACCUCACCAGCUUCCCUGUCAUCACCACAUCUCAACUCUUCCUAUCAUCAUAAUCAUCAAACUCAUUCUCUGCAAUCUCACCAUGAUUCCAUUUUUAUUAAACAACCCGUUUCUACGACAACCCUUAAUGAUGCCUCAUUAGGUUAUACUGCCAAAAUAUCAACCACCAUAAUUCCGCCUGUGACAAAAGCCUCAACCCCAACCUCAUCGUUAUCUUCAUCCAUAACUAACCUUUUAUCAUCUAAAACACCUCCAACAUCCAACAAUUUGAACAACACUGCUCUUCAUUCAACUCGCUCAAUGAGCAAUUUAAGCCAAAAAACUACCAAAUCAACCAAUCUGGUUCAUCCUCGUCAACCUGAAGUAAUCUCAAUCGUCCGGCCUGUUAUCAAUGACAGUAAAACAAAAAAUAACCUUAAUGGACAAUCACUGAUUAACGCCAAUGAAAACCAUAAAAAUUCACACUUAGAUCACCCACAAAAGUCAACAAUUGCCAAUAAUCACGCCAUCAAUACUAACAAACCUCGAGCAGCAGUUGUCUUCCCUGAACAACAGCAGGUUCAACCUCAACCAAUGAAACCGCCACAGUCAUUAGAUCCAAUUGAGUCUCCUGUUGAUUUAAUUCCAGAAGCUCGUGAUCGACCAGCUGGCCUUGACUUGGAUGACUUUUUACCCAAACAUCUACAGGAUACAGUACGCUUGGGUUAUCAUCCUCAACCAGAAAUGUCAGAGUCUGAAGCUAUGCAAGCAAUUAUUAGAGGACACAAAUCAGUUCUAACCGCUCUAGCCCAUCGUCGUAAAAAUCUUCAAAUUAUUUUAGCCAUGUGGAGUACCAAGGAUGCUCGUAGCGCACUUGAACAAGCGAUCAACAUGGAAGAUCAAUCUGUGAUAGUUGACAUACUCAAUGUCAUUACUUUGAAGCCUGUCAGUUGGACCUUAGAUAUUUGCCAGAUUCUUAUCCAGCCAAUAUACGAUUUACUACAAAGUCGAUAUGAAAGUUACAUGACUGUUGGUUGUUCAGCACUCAAAUUGAUUUUGAAAAACUUUGGAUCAACCAUAAAGUCCAACAUAACCGCACCUCCAGGAAUCGGUGUUGAUAUUUCAAGAGAGGAAAGAUACCACAAAUGUAUGGGCGUUUACAAUCACCUGUUAAAUGUUCGAGCAUUCAUAUUGAAACGUCAAACUCUUCAGGGUAAACUUGGCCGUACCUUUCGAGAAUUGUCGAUAUUGUUUCAAAAUUUGGAAUAAUCAAUAAUAUAUUGAAACUCAUCAUUCCGUCUCGUUUUUUAUUACCAAUCAUUUCCAUCACUUUUUGCCUUCUGCCAAAACAGCCUGAUAAAGGAAACAUUCACUAUCAUUCCCGUUGACAUGAUACUUUGCCAUCUCAAUAAUUAUUCACUUUUCCUCACAAUUAUUUUUAAUUUGCAUUUGUAAAUUUUUGUAGCUAAAUUCACAGCAAAAUUACAUUGAAAAUUUAUCAUUUUUUUACUCAGGAAAAGCAAAAGGAAAAGAAACAACAUUAAUAAGGAAUCAAGUGCCAUUAUCUUUUCAAAUAUUAGCGACACUUGAUAUUUAACAAGAUUACUCAGCAAUGAAUAUUCCCUGAAAGUUAAUCCAACCCAUAUGUAUAUUGAUAUCUAAUUGAAAAGAAGCCGCAAUGGAUUGACUAAUUAAAGUUAAUUAAUUCCAAUA